GACUGGGCCCCGAUGCGGGUCUACGUGCACUACGACCAGGUCUUGGAGGACCUCGACUCCACAAGCGACGUCGAGUACCUCGUCUCCGAGGUGCUGAUGGCCGCGGUGCACUGGCUCCAGUCCGCGCUGAGAGUGAGGCCCGUGCUGGGGAGGCUGCAGUUCGCCCAGCACUGCGACCUGGUGUCCUCGCACGACGGGAGCUGCUGGCGGGUCUCGCAGGAUUUCCAACGCUGCGGCGAUGCCACCGUCCCCCGGGAGCACUUCGCCGACCAGAGGUACUGCGACGGCUCGGGCAGCUGCCAGACUUCGGCGGGGGGCGAGGGCAUCCCCGACGCGGACUUCGCCCUCUACGUCAGGGCGCGCGACACGGACUGGUGCAGGGGUGGAGGCACCCUGGCGUACGCCGGCCACUGCUUCCAGGACGAGGAGGACCGGCCGAUCGCGGGGUACAUCACCUUCUGCGAGUCCGCCAUGUUGUCCAACCGGGACUGGGACGGGGACGUCGGCACAGCCGUGCACGAGCUUCUGCACGCGAUGGGCUUCAGCUCCCACGCCUUCCCCUGGUUCCGGGACGACCUGGGGCAGCCGCGGACGCCGCGGGAUUCCGAGGGUUUUCCGCCCAUCAGAGGGGGCGCCUACGCGGCGUCGGAUUCCACGGUGCUGGAGGAGAGGCACGAAGAUGGCACGCUGAAGCACUUCGUGGUGCUCCCGCGCGUGCUCGCCGCCGCCCGCGAGCACUAUGGCUGCCCGACGCUGGAGAAGGUGCCGCUGGAGGAGCAGGGCGGCGACGGCUCCGCAUUCUCCCACUGGGAAGCGCACUACGCGUACACGGAGGCCAUGACGCCGCGGGUGUCCGAGGUCGCGCGCGUGUCCGCCAUGACCCUGGCGCUGCUGGAGGACUCGGGCUGGUACAGGCCCGACUACGCCAUGGUUGGGCCCUUCCGCUUCGGCAGGGGCCUGGGCUGCGACUUCCUCGGGUCUCCGUGCGUGCAGGCCGGGGAGACCCAGUUCCCGACCGCCUUCUGCACGAACACGGACGUGCACGCUUGCAGCUCUGGGUGGCUUGGUGGCGAGGUCGGGUGCACGUCUGACCUCAUGGGCAAGGCGCUGUGCGACGCGUGCCUCCACGCCCAGGACCUGCCCGACAAGUUCCAGUAUUUCGGCAACCCCAGUGCUCAUUUAGGCCGUCGUGGGUCCGGGGACCGCCUUGAGUCUCUGGGGCCCUUAAACUGCACGCCUCCGCAUGCCAAUGGAGCCACGGUGGCGGAUUGCCCCAUGUGGAGCCUGUUCGGGAGCUCCAAGCUCUGCCGCGAUGACCCCAACGAGCCCUUCUCCGAGACCCGCGGCGAGUCAUUCGGGGAUGCCUCGCGCUGCGUGCUGUCCACGGUGACGGCGGCCGGCGGCUGGUACGGCCAGGCGGUGGGCAGCUGCCGUGACGUGCGGUGCGGUGCGUCGCUGGUCCAGGUCCGCGUGGGCAGCGAGUGGGUCGCGUGCCAGGACGGCGAGGAGGGCACCACGAAGACCGUCAGCGGCUGGAGUGGCCACAUCGUCUGCCCCUCCUUUGCGACCGUCUGCGGGAGCGCCUCGGACGCGGGCCCCGGCGCGGUGCCCUGCCAGUUCCCCGGCGUGCUGCGCUAUGGCCGCUGCGUCUGCUCCGCCGGCUACAUCGGCGAGGACUGCCGCCUCGAGGACCGGGAGGCGGCGCGCGCCCAGGUGCCCUUCGGGCUGAGGUACCCCCAGGAGGAGCUUGUCCUGAAGGCUGGCCAGCCGCUCAUCGAGGCCGAGCGCCUCGAGGCGUGGCCCUUCGGGCCCAGCCUCGCGGGCGGGCCCCUGGGCCUGAGGUACACCGUCAGCCCGCCGCUGCCGCCCGGGCUGGCGGUGGGCGCGGUCGACGGGUUCCUGGACGGCACGCCGGCGGCUGCCGCGGAGCGGGCCGCGUACACCCUGCGCGCCGCAGGUGGUGCUGGCGCCGCCACGGCCACUGUCUUCGUCACCGUGCUCUGCGCCGACGACGAGCCAGGGUGCACCGUCCAUGCGGCCGCCACCGCCACGUACACCACGACCACGCCGGAGGUCUGCGUCGGCGACUGGGUCCCCGCGAGGGACUGCGCGCCCGCCUUCACGUACAAGGGGCAGUCGUACACAGGGUGCACGACCACGGAUUACAAGAGCUACGGCUGGUGCUCACACGCGGAGGCCUACGACGGAGCUUGGAGCCCCUGCAGGCCCUGCUCUGCCAGCGGCGCCGCUGGCGUGCCCUGCGUGGACGGCUGGCUCCGCGCUCCCGAGUGCAUGUCAACGUUCGUGUACAUGGAUUCCACGAUCGUCGGGUGCACCAGCAUGGGCUCUGCGAAUGACUCUGGGCUGCCCUGGUGCUCCCACACGUCGAUUCACGAAGCUGGCAACUGGAGCUACUGCCAGCCUUGCCUGGAAGACAUCGGCACCCUCCUACCGGACAGUGGGACAACGAGCGAGCUGUCGAUCUCGAUGCCGGCGCUGCUGUCGCAGAUCCAGGACGACCCAGGCAUCCAGGCAUUCCUCGACGCCCUCGCCGCGUCGGUCUCCAGUGCCCUGGAGGAGGAGAUCUCGGCGCCCCGGCUGUUCUCGGCGGGCGCCAGCGGGACCGUGGUGGAGUUCUGUGCGCCGGCCGACUGCGUGGACACUGGGGGCACCACCGCCCUGCGGCUGGCCGCGAGCCUCGCGGACCCUGGCUCGAUGCUGAUGCGCUCGGAAUUCGGCAGGAGGUACCUCGUGGGCGCCGUGCUGUUCCGAACCACGUCCCUCGGGGUGGAGCAGCUCUGGCCAGCCCCGGAGGACGACGGCGCCCCCGACGCGGAGGGCGGCGUCGUCGGCGGCCUCCUGGACCUCUUCGGCCUGGACCUGAGCCUCGACUCGGUGGACCUCCUGCUGCUGCUCGGCGCGCUCCUCUUCUGCGCCGCGUCCCUCUACCUCUGCGUCCAGGUGGCGCGGAAGCGGCGGGGGGCGGCGAGCGGCGCGGCGCCGGGCGAGGGCGUCGGCGCGUCGCUGGCGGGGGCCCGCGCCUGCGUCGGGCAGGCGGCGCCAGCGCCGCAGGUGUUCGGGCAGCAGCUGCGGGCGCCGGUGCGGCAGCAGGGCCUGCCCGAGCUGCAGCCGCGGGCUGCGCCACCGGACAAGGACCAGAUCAUGGCCCAGAUGUUGGACAUGGGGUACGAGUUCUCCGUUGCCCAGGUUGCCCUUGAUGCCUGCGGCUGGAGCCUCGAGCGGGCUGUCGGAUUCAUCCAGCAGCAGCGGUCGGCCACGCAGCAGAGUGUCGGCCGGACUGUCGUGUGA